GCCCGUGAACGCACCCUAAUCCAGCCCCGCCGCGGAGCCGCCAUUUUGGUUCCACCUAACUCAGACAGCUUCACUUCGGGCCACCGGAGAUGGAAGAAACCGAACCGACGGCGAGUAUCUCCGCCGCCGCCACCGUCUGAACCCCGGUAGGAAACACCCAGCGCGGAGCCUCGACGCCAUGGCCGCUUUUUAAACUGCUAUUUUUGAGGAAGGGGGAAAAAGCCCGGAGCCAUUUUUCGGUGGACAGCGCCUGAGCGUCAGUUGAGUUCAGGGACUCGAACCCACCGGACGCACGGACGCUGCCUCGGGUCGGACCCGCUUCAUGCUCGCUGCGGACGGACGUCGGGCUGAUUUCCUCUCGGUGCCUGCGCUCCAGCACGUCCGCUGCCUCUCCGAACGGCGAUCCAUGCGGAGGCAGCUCGAUCCGAGGGGCGACGCGCAGAAUCGGGCUUAGUGGCGAGUGUGUGUGUCGGCGGAUUUUUUGGACGUAAGAACCGGGACCGGAGGAGAAGAUGUCCAACAAAACCCCAUUACCCACAGUGAACGAGAAGGUGACGGAGACGCACACGUCUCACAGCAAUGGGCGGCAGGAGAUCAGCACGCGCUCGAGCCGCACCGGCGUGCGAACGCGCAGCUCGGAGGAGCCGCAGCAGCCCCACGUCGGCAACUACCGGCUGCUCAAAACCAUCGGCAAGGGCAACUUCGCCAAGGUCAAACUGGCCCGACACAUCCUCACCGGCAGAGAGGUGGCAAUUAAGAUAAUAGACAAGACGCAGCUGAACCCAAACAGCCUUCAGAAGCUCUUCAGAGAAGUUAGAAUAAUGAAGAUCUUGAAUCAUCCGAAUAUAGUCAAGCUUUUUGAAGUGAUUGAGACGGAGAGGACGCUCUACCUGGUGAUGGAAUAUGCCAGCGGAGGAGAGGUGUUCGACUACCUGGUUGCACACGGACGAAUGAAGGAAAAAGAGGCCAGGGCUAAAUUUAGACAGAUCGUAUCGGCGGUGCAGUACUGCCACCAGAAGCACAUUGUUCACAGAGACCUCAAGGCGGAGAACCUGCUGCUGGACGCAGACAUGAACAUCAAGAUCGCCGAUUUCGGCUUCAGCAACGAGUUCACUAUGGGCAACAAGCUGGACACGUUCUGCGGCUCUCCUCCGUACGCAGCGCCGGAGCUUUUCCAGGGGAAGAAGUACGACGGGCCGGAGGUGGACGUCUGGAGUCUGGGAGUCAUCCUGUACACGCUGGUCAGCGGCUCGCUGCCCUUCGACGGACAGAACCUCAAGGAGCUGCGGGAGCGCGUGCUGCGAGGGAAGUACCGCAUCCCCUUCUACAUGUCCACGGACUGCGAGAACCUCCUCAAACGCUUCCUGGUGCUCAACCCGGCCAAGCGGGGUACUCUCGAGGUGAGGGAGGACGCAGAAAAUCAAAUCAUGAAGGAUCGAUGGAUCAACGCAGGAUUCGAGGAGGACGAGCUGAAGCCGUAUACUGAACCCGAGCUUGACAUCACGGAUCAGAAGAGAAUAGAUGUGAUGGUGGGGAUGGGCUACAACCUGGAGGAGAUCCAGGAGUCUCUGGCCAAGAUGAAAUAUGAUGAGAUCACAGCCACCUACCUGCUGCUGGGCAGGAAGGCCUCUGAGCACGAGCCCAGCGAGUCGGCCUCCAGCAGCAACCUUUCUCUGGCCAAGCCGAGACCCAACAGCGAGCUCAACGGCCAGUCCCCCUCCCACCUCAAGGUGCAGAGGAGCGUCUCCUCCAACCACAAGCAGAGACGCUACAGUGAACAAGUCGGUCAGAACAAUCCUCCGGGGACGGCUCAUCCGAAGAGGAGUCAGACCACCACGGCGGAGAACAGCGUGAAGGAGGAAGGAGGCGUCCAGCUGCGUAAGCCCAGCACCCCGGGGAGCCGCGGCGCUCCGCCCGCCAGCCCUCUGCUGGGCAACGCCAACAACCCCAACAAGGCCGACAUCCCCGACCGCAGGAAAGGCGCCACCACCGGCCCGAGUAAUAACACUGCGUCGGCAGGGAUGACCCGGAGGAACACGUACGUCUGCAGCGACAGGAACAACACGGACCGUCUGUCCGUCAUCCCCAACGGGAAGGAGAACAGCAUGACUGAGAUGGCUUGUGCCACUAGCCCCUCCUCUGCCUUUGCGGCUGCUGCGUUCGGCGCCUCGUCCAGUUCGGUGCGGCUGAGGUAUCAAACCGUCGGCCCUUUGUACGCUUGCCAGCCAGGCUGGGCCACACUGCCCCACUCCUUCUACGAUCUGGACUACUGCACGCCCAACAGCGUCGCUGUGUCGCCCGGCGGCCAGAGGAACCCGGUGGCGUCGACCCACAGCAUCACCAACGCCACCACGCCCGACCGGCUCCGCUUCCCCCGAGGCACCGCCAGCCGCAGCACCUUCCACGGGGGCCAGCUGAGAGACCGCCGCACGGCCACGUACAACGGGCCGCCGGCCUCGCCCACCCUCUCCCACGAUGCCACGCCUCUCUCCCAGACCCGCAGCCGUGGAACCAGCAACCUGUUCUCCAAACUCACCUCCAAACUCACCCGCAGAAACAUGUCAUUCAGGUUUACCAAAAGAGUCUCAACCGAGUUUGAGAGAAACGGGAGACUUGAGGGCUCAAGUCGCCAUGUACCUGGGGAUCAAAAAGGGGAAAAUAAAGACAGUAAACCUCGCUCCCUCCGAUUCACUUGGAGUAUGAGGACCACCAGCUCCAUGGAGCCUUGCGACAUCAUGCGGGAGAUUCGCAAGGUGCUCGACGCCAACAACUGCGACUACGAGCAGCAAGAGAGUUUCCUGCUUCUUUGCGUCCACGGGGACGGGCGCGCCGAGAACCUGGUCCAGUGGGAGAUGGAGGUUUGCAAGCUGCCCCGUCUCUCCCUCAACGGCGUCAGGUUCAAGCGGAUAUCCGGAUCAUCCAUCGCUUUCAAAAACAUUGCUUCCAAAGUUGCCAACGAGUUAAAGCUAUGAACAAAAGGGUUUAAAAGUAUACAUAUAUAUAUCUAGAAGUAUUUAAGCUGUACAAUCAUCCAAGUAGCAGUUUCCAAACGUCUCCUUUUUUAAAAACAAAAUACAGAGUAUGUAUUGAAUAUGAUAAUGUAUAGUUUAAGGCUUUUGGCAAUAAUCACUGAAUUACCUACUAAUAUCUGCGUCUGUUGUGGCCACACGGGGUCGACAUUAACGAGUUGAAUAUGAUUUGUCAUGCUGUGAAUGUGGACAAAAAAACCAUUUCUAGUCUUAUUUAUUUAAUCUUUUUUUUUUUUUCUCUCUCUCUCUCUCCCGGAAAAAGAUAAAAAAUUACGUAGCAUUUUGUUUUCAGUGUAAAUAAUGUAUCUUACUUUUUUCGAGACGGCUUCACUGCAACACUCAUUCUGUUCCUGUUCGUUUUCUUUCUUUUGUAUCUCGUCGGAGGUGGAGAUGAGCGGGGGUCCGUGUACACGCCCACAUGGUUAAGGUUCACUCAUGUCUCAAUUAAAGUGUCUGUCAACUUACACGUCUCACGAUCCUUUGUGUCCGGACGCAGUUCAGAUGAAGCUCGAUUCUGAUAUUUAAAUGUGUUCGAUGUUUAAAGGAAAAGUGACAAACUGAACGUUUAGUUGUUUCAUGUAAAUAAAAAUAAUGACAGAUUAAAGUUAUAAGCCUUUGAUGAGUAUAGGCCUGUUCAUUAUUAAAAAUAUUAUAUAUA